CGUUGUUUCGCCAAAGUGUGCAGUCUGCAGUUUUGUAAACUCCUCUCAAAAUUCGCAAUAAAUUGCUAUAACUUAUCAAAAUAGCACACCAAAUUCUACAGAUGUAAAACCCAAUUAGGAAAAGAAAAAAACAGAAACAAGUUAAAAAACGGUUUUCAAAAUGAAUCGUCUGCUGCUGCAAUGUCUGGUGACCACGAUUCUGGUCUACAAAGUCAUCUCGGUGCCCACCAGCCAGACAACCGUGGUGAGCGGACAGACCACCACGGAGAUACCGCAACAGGAUGAUGACGACGACGACUGGGACGAGGGCGACGAUUCGUUGGAGUCCGAUGAUGAUGGGCGCGUCUAUAAGAAUCCGCGCAAUUCACCCUCCACGGAGUGCCCGCGGGAUGAGGAGCAGGCCACGCUGUUAGGCCAGAAAUGUUUGCGCAAGUGCUCGUCGGAUGAGGAUUGCAAGAGCAAGAAAAAGAAAUGCCUAUGCGAUGGCGUCUGCGGCAAUUCCUGCAUCAAGCCGGAUCGUGAAUGUCCAGAGCUAGCCCAACCCAGUCUGGGACAGGUCACCGUUGCCGGUCGUCAUUUCGGUGCUCGCGCUUCCUACUCCUGUCCACAUGGCUACCAUGUGGUGGGCCUGCAGAGUCGCCUCUGCCAGGCCGAUGGCAACUGGGCCGGCGCCGAGCCAGCCUGCAAGCAGAACAUCUACUGCCUGAAGCCGCCGCAGAUUGAACACGCACGCAACUCGGCACUGCCCGAGCAGGAAACCUUCGACCUGGACUCAACGGUUCAAUACCAUUGCUAUACGGGCUAUGUGACCAACGGGUUUCCACGUGCCAAGUGCCUGGCCAUUGACAAUCUGGCCAGCUGGUACGGACCGGACAUACAGUGCGAACCUCGUUCCUGUGGACAACCUCCGGAUCCCGCCUAUGGCUGGCACGCCGGCGAGUGCUACACCUAUGGCUGCAAGAUAACCUACAACUGCGGCACGGGCUACGAGCUGGUGGGCAAGCACGAGCGCUACUGUCAAUCGGAUGGCUCCUGGACGCCCAAGGAGCUGCCGACCUGUGUCUUGGUCACUUCUGUGGUCUGUCCUACGCCGGAGAAUCCCAAGAACGGCAAGGCUACGUACACAACCUUGGCCUACAACUCGGUGGUUAGCUAUGAAUGCCGUUAUGGCUACACCCUGGUGGGCGAGAGCUCCAGCCGCUGCGGAGCCAGCGCCAAGUGGAGCGGCACCGUGCCCAGCUGCAAGGAGAUCAACUGCGGACAUCCGGGCGUGUUGUAUAAUGGCUGGAUCGAGAAUAUCGAGGCGGGCACGGGCCUGGGCGCCAGCAUUAUCUUUCGCUGCCAGCCGGAAAUGUUGAUCAACGGCUUGGGCUCGAGUGUCUGCCAAAUCGAUGGACGCUGGCGCAAUGCCCUGCCCGAGUGUCUGGCGCCUUGCGUUGUGCCCACCAUAUCACAGGGCUUUGUCAUACCCAUUGAGAUAACAACCGAUGAGAAUGGGACAACGAUAGUCACGCCCACGACGACCACAACGCCAUCGCCCACCCAAAUUGUGGGCGGCGUGGAGAAGGUCAGGCACGGCACCGCGCUGGAGGUCAAGUGCGAUGAGAACUAUGAGUUUCCUGUCUCGCUACUGAGUCCGCCAACCUGCAACAAUGGCACCUGGAGCAUCAUACCACGUUGUGUGCCCGCACGCUGCAAGAGCAUGCCCAAGCCGCCGAAGCAUGGCAUGGUAAUGGCUCCCAAGACGGAGCACGGCAUGAAGGCGAGGUUCAAGUGCAAGGAUGGCUUUAAGCUGGUCAGUCCCGAGGGCAAGGACAUAACCGAUCCGCACGACUAUGUGCUUACGUGCUCCUUCGGCAACUGGACCGGCGAGACGCCCAAAUGCGAUGAGGUCUUCUGCUCCUUUCCUGGUUACAUACCCAAUGGCAAGGUGCUGCUCGUCGGCAAUAUGGGACUCUACGAUUAUCGGCCGUAUGUCAAGAAGAUUGUCAACAACAAGCAGAUUAUGUACGACUGCGACAAGGGCUACGUCCUGGAGGUGGGCCCGCCUGGCGCUACCUGUGUGGGCGGCAAAUGGCGUCCACUGGAUCUGCCGCAGUGUCUACUUGGCCAGCAUCCGCGUUUGCGCUGGAAUCGUCGCCGCCGGCGCUCAGUGCAGCUGCGCCAGCUGCGCUCCGUCUAUCUGCUGCGGCGUCAGCGUCAGCUCCAACGCCAAUUGGCCGAGCACAAGGAUUUCGCACGGCCGGGUGAGUUCGGAGUUCGGAGCUGCUUUCAUGUGAAUCCCAUCAGUAGCAUUUUUUUUACAGCUGGAACGGCGGGUGAAAGCAGGGUUAAGCGCAGCGCCCAUCCCAAUCCCAAUCCGUCGGACAUUGAUGUGGCCUACUCCAAGUACUAUCAGAAGAUCAAGGAGCGCUACCUGCGCUAUGUGCGCAAGAUACUGGGCCACAAUCGCCUAUACAAGCAGAUGCACGUCCAGGACGGACGCUGGUACAACCAGUACAACAAUCCGGAGCUGGUCAUGAUGCGCAAGGCCACCCACAAGUGGCGCAAUGCAGCCGAUGGCGAAGCCGACCUCGAUGACUAUGGGGACAUGAACGAGCAUCGUGGCGGUGUCCUCACCUUGCCCAACAUAAAUCAGAGCUCGCGUCAUCGCUCGUCGCCCAGUUCCAAUGAGGCACCAGCACCCGACACCAGGAAUACGACACGCGCUUUAAUCGAACAGCUAAAGUCCCAAAUCGUGCGUCGUCGCCGCAAGCGCAGCGGCUCCACGGCGUCCGCGUCCUCGUCCGCCACGCUGCCCGAUGCCGACCUGGAUACGAGUGAUGGCGGCGAGGUGGGCAAGGCUGCCGGCGGCAAGCGGCUACGUGGUCCUUGCGAGGAUCUCGACUGGGAUUCGUUUGCUAAUAUAACCACGGUGCGACCGGGUAAGGCGCCGGGCAGGAGCUCGGUAGGCAUUAUGCUGCAUCUGGAGUGCAAUGCGGGCUUCAAACUGAACAUCAAGGGCGAGAAUGCGACGGCUCGUUGCAUCCGCGGCAUCUGGAAGCCGGAUACGCCGAAGUGCAUGUCGGCCCCGUGCCUGGUGCCGGCAGUGGAGCAUGGCAAGUACUACAAAGUGGAGCCGCACACCAAGCAGCUGAGCGAUAAGCCCUCCCUGACGCCGCUCUCCACCUACGAGGAGAUCCAAUCCAAUGAGUUCAUAACUCUCGAGUGCGAGGAGGGAUUCAACAUCCAGGGAUCCGCCCAGCUGCGUUGCGCCCAUGGCUCCUGGUCGGUCAACGCCUUCUCCGAAUGCACCUCCCUGCCGUGCACGCUGCCCAACAUACCCGGCGUCAUCUACGAGGGCGGUUAUCGAGCUGGCCUCACCAUUGGCCAUGGCAGCACGGUCAGCGUUCGCUGUGAACUGUCCACCAAUGCCAAUCCCAUCGAGAUGUCUUGUCUGAAGGGCGUCCUAACCCCUCCUAGUAUACCCUGCGAGUCGGGCUUGCGCAAAUCUCGGGAGGAGCUGGAGCAUGCCACGCCCACGUCCACAGCACACACGAAAAUCGAGCACGAGCUGGACGAGCUGCAACAUCUGCACGAUAACAACACGGAGGAUCACGGAGAUGAGCUGAAAAUGUGCGGCCAUCCCAGCUUGACGGACGGCGCCCUGGUUUACAAAAACGCCGACCAUGCGGAGAUUGAAGGCGCCUACGAAAGCGGCACAGAGAUAUUCUUCAAUUGCAUACCCAAUGCCGCCGGCGAUCGUCAGACCUGGCGCAUCAUAUGCGACAACGGGCAGUGGGUGGGACGCUCCUACAACUGCGAAAACGGCACGUGUUUAUUCAAAAACAACGAAGCGAAUGUGGUCAGCUUUUACAAUGAUCUGGAAAUUAGAGAGGACGUCGUGGAGUUUCCUCCAGGUGCUACCAUUAUAUCCAGAUGCGUAGACAUUGGCAAGUUCUCGAUGACAGGCAGCCACGACCGGACCUGCAUCCACUCGGAGUGGACCAACACGAAGCCCGUGUGCUCGGGUCUUAAUCAGGAAAAUGAUUAUGCGAUGGAGAAGGCGCCCACCAUACUGUUCCGGCAUCAGAACGGACCCAUCGCCCAGAGCAACGAUGGCAAGCUCAUCGUAUAUCCGGGCACCACGCUGCACAUGGAAUGCCUGUGGAUGCGCCGCUUUGGUAAUCCCAAGUGGAAUGUCAGUCAUGUCUACAAAAACUAUACCGAGGGCUGGGUGACGGAGGCGGAUGAGGGGCGAGAUUCAACGCUGGAAUAUCGUCUGAGCAUAUUCGAUGCGGUGGCCGAGGACUCCGGCACCUACUCCUGCAUGACACCCGCCCGGCAUGAGCAUGCCGUUGAGGUGGUGGUCAAGGAAAUCAAUUGCCCAGAGAUACCCAUAAGGCGUGGCUUGAUAGUCAAUACGAACGAUACGAAACUGAGCACACGCGUGCUGUUGUCCUGUUCGAAUGGCAACUCGUUGAUUGGCGCAUCGGAGCUGUUUUGUUUACCCAGUGGCAAUUGGAGCGCGCUGUUGCCGGUUUGCGAAAGCGUGGAGUGCGGCGAUAUACCGCUGAUGCCGAACAAUGUUAGCUCGCCGCGCGUUUCCGUGCUGUCGCGUGAGGUGGGCGGACGAGCGGCAUUCUCCUGCUCCACGGGUUACGGAUUGCGCGGCCCAUCUGAGGCCAUCUGUUUGCCUACGGGCGAAUGGGCGACACCGUUUCCAACAUGUGUCGAAGUGCAAUGCGAUAAUCCUGGUGCGCCGCAAAACGGUUACGCCCAGGGCUCGGCACCAUAUCGUGCCGGCGACGUGGUCCAAUUCAAUUGCAACCCGGAAUACAUGAUGCAAGGUCAGCCAAUAAUUGCCUGUCAGGAUAACGGACGCUGGUCGGGCGGUUUGCCCAAAUGUGUGCAGGCCUGUUCGUAUCCGGGCACCGCGAUCAGCGGACGCAUGUCCUCGGUCAAGUUCUACUAUGCCAUCGGCGAGAGCAUUACCUUCACCUGCGACGCGGGCCUCGAGCUGCGCGGCUCGAAGGUACUCAAGUGCAUGAAGAAUGGCAAAUGGUCUAGCGCUAUACCGACUUGUGUGGCAAACGAUGCGCCCGCCGGCGCCGUCGGUACCAAUAAACAUUUGGCAACCAUGGGUUAAGCGAUGUUUGAAUUGAGUUUAAAAUCAAAGUGAUACUAAUACAUAUGUACUUACUAAUGCACAUUCAAGAAACAGACACGAGUAUACUAAUUGUGACAUACUUGCAAUUCAACAAUAAUUGUAUUUGUAAUGGUCUUACGUCGUCAUUUUACUAUCAAUAAAUGUUCAGUCAAAUAAAAUACUAAAAACAAAACCAA